UGUGCAUUGAGCACUAACGUCCUACAUUGUUGCAGGACAAAUAACGACAAAUCAUACGAAAUGGAGCCCCUAGAAAUCGCCCAGUUCGCUGCCACAAUUUUGGCACUCGUUGCCUCUGCAUUUUUGGACAGAAAAAUCUUCAUCUUAAUGAAUUUUGCACUGUUGACUUUUUGGGGCAUUAUUUGCAUGUUGUUUCCGAAGAUGUUGCUAGAGAUGCAUUCUGUUGGAAAACCCACCAAUUGGCAUGUGAUGACUAUGCAGUUACUGGGCUUGGUUGUGUUCAUAACUGGUCUGGUCUUCUGGUUGUACAGAAACUCAUCUGAUGAAAGAGUGAGCAAGGCUUUGCUCUCUCUUAUGGCACAGUCAUUGGUGUCUGAGCUCAUUGUCAUAGUUUUGGCCAAAAAACAACUGGAGAGAUCAAAGCCAGGCAAGGAUGAAGUCUUCUCCAAAGCCCUUGUGGACAACCAGCAAAUGAUGUUGAUUUGUGCCGUGCUGGUCCUGUGGUUAAUUGUGAUAGUAAUUCACUAUCUUCGAAGUCCACAGGUGAAACCGACUGUUCCUUACCAGUAUGACCGCCAGCUGAACGCCCACCAGUCGAUCCAAUAUUCAUUUUGUUUUGUGGCAUCAUUGAUGUGCAUUAUUGCUCCCGAGGCUGCGCUUGGCCUCUAUGUUAAGAGUGGCCAAAUACCCUUUGAUUCAGGUUUGAAGCUGCCUAUUCAAUUGGCCGGCACCUUCAUUUUGGCACAAUCUGUGUUCAUCAUCAACUCAAUGGACUUCAUGGAAAAGGAGGAACAAGGGAAAGUCUUUCAGGCCAAUUUUCUGUUCAAGUUGAUCCAGUUAGUGAUGUAUGUCGCUCACAUUUUCCUGCUCAAAACGCUCUCGCUCAUGGAUGCCCUGCCAGUAGUGGUUACUCUGUUAAUCAUAAUGGUCAACAGCGCACUUGGAUUACGACGUUGUGGCAUUGUGAACUUGGACAGAAAAGACUCGAAAAAGAGGCGAUAGAUGGUCAAGCAAUAUAACUCUCAAACGUGCAUCAGUUGCAAAAUUUAAGUCAAAGGAGAUCUUUGGCAGCACAGUGGGAGCAGAACUGACAGUUUUUCACAGGUUUCAUCCCAAACUCCCUAAAACCUAUCACUUUGUGAACAUUACUUAAAGGGGGACAUAGGCAGGAGCUACAUGUAGUGAUCAAAUUGGUGGUCUUCAGGUGACUUAUGUGCACAGUUUUGAGUUAGGGGAUUGGGUUGUAUUUGAUUCAGCGAUACAAUAUUCCUCAGUCAAGCCUGAAUAAUGUCAAUGUACUUAAAGGUAUAGAAGAGACCCCUGUCGGCAAUUUCGUAAAAUUCCACCUUACCUACCAAGCUCUUGCCUAAAGACUCCUUUUGAUGUGUACUGGGGUUCCAACUUAAUUCUUCCCACCAAUCAUUUAGGUUUAACGCUAUUACAUGUAGGUUCAUGAUUCUGACUUUGAAACACAAUUUGUAGGCUGUCUCAUUCUGGGGGUGUUUUGUAUACUGUUGUCAGUAUUGACUCUGGGCUUGCUUGUUGUAUGAUACGUAUUUCAAAACAAUGUGUCUAAUAGCAAAAGUGUGUUUAAACAAUUACUGCCAAUAAAAUUUGGAGGGCCUGCUGCAUGCAGGAUUAUUUGGAACUGGGUUAAGGGAAAGUAUGUCCUUAACCAAGUAGACUUUGUAAAGGCAGCAUUUUUGACCAAUCUUUUAUGUUUUUUUGCAUGACCGUAUUUUAGCUUAGGUUUAUUAUGAUAGUCUUGAGUAGUCAUCCUUAUGUUAUAACCAUGUCGUUAUGAAUAAAACCGAUGAACUUCCAAGUAA